UUCCCCUGGGUCACAAAAAAGACGCUAUCUCGGAGCGUUUUGCUUUGCAUCUCUUUUGGCCCUAGCGAUGCGCCGUCGUCGGUGCGGAGGCAUUUGGUAGGUGAGACGAUGGCGACUGGAGCGCAGGAUUCGCAAGCCCGCUUUGGUCAGUCAGUGAAGGGGCUUCUCACGGAGAAGGUGAAUACCUGUGGUACGGACGUGAUCGCGCUCACCAAGCAGGUGCUGAAGGGUUCCCGGAGCUCUGAGCUGCUAGGUCAGGCAGCCCGAAACAUGGUGUUACAGGAAGAUGCCAUCCUCCACUCAGAAGAUAGUUUAAGGAAGAUGGCAAUUAUAACCACACAUCUUCAGUACCAGCAAGAAGCUAUUCAGAAGAAUGUUGGACAGUCAUCAGAUCUACAGGACCAGCUAAAUCACCUGCUGAAAUAGAAUGGCAUAUAAGAGGGUAAUAGCACUUUGCCUGGUGCUGAAGAGAGAAUAUCUUAUAUACUAUAGGCUUUGGGUUUGAGUUUCCAUUUUCAUCUCCAAAAGUUAAGUAAGAAAAAAAAUUGUACAGUUUUUUCCUGAAAAGAAGCUAGGUGGGUAAAUUUUGAAAGCACUUCUUAAAAUGAAGUAACUAUGUUCUUAUUGAGAUUUUUGCUUUAGUUCAUUUUGAUAAAUAUUAUUUUAUAUAACCAAAUGCCCACAGGCAUUGCACUUGUGUUCCUCCCCUAAAAAUAUCCUCCUUUGAUCUCACUGUAUGUGAAUGCCUACAGUCCUGUAUAAUUUA